AUGUCUCCGGCAUCUAUCUCUCGGCCCGCAACUUCAUCUUUACUGUCUCUUCUGACCGAUAUCCCUCAGCCAGUUUUGACGCCGUACCACCAUCUCUUUGGUAGGGUGGUUGUUUCUCUCCUGCUGGCCCAUGCCGUUCUGUAUUCGCUUUUCUUCGUGCAAUCUAGCCAUCCUGAUUAUGGCACAUUGUUCUUCAAGCGAGUGCAAGACUUAGACGUUCAAUGUGGUCUGGCUGCGAUAUUCUCGGCGGUGCUGCUCGUUCUCUUCGUGCGGCCUGCUGCCCAGAAGGGACUCCAAACUUGGCUUUUGCAGGGAACCAUUCGAGAACGCAGAAAGAUGUUUUACUUUGGUCAUGUAUCUUUGGUGGUACUAUUUUGUGUUGCAGCUUAUGCUCAUGUUCAGCAAGCGCAGAAGUACAUACUGCAGACUUUAGCAGCCUCUAUGCUAAAUUGGGUGUGCUGUUGGGUGGUAUGUUAG